AUAAAAAACACAGAGCAACUGCGGUGUAAAAAAUAUUUCCAUUCGAUCUAUUUGGGCUAGUAAAAUUCAUUGCCUUCAAUCGACCCCAGGCGGCCAUAAGAAAGUAGUCUCGUUCCGUUUAACGACAAUGGCUAAUGUCGCAGUGAACGCGACUUCAUCCGUGGAGGUCAAGGAGGAAGUAGCUGCCAAAGCGUUGGGUGCCGUUAAAGAUGCGGGCAAGGGUACUUCAUCAUCUAUACGCAAGUCCACUCGUAUUCCUGUGCCCAAAGCCAGCUAUAGCUUUAGCUAUUCGAAGCCACGCCAGUAUAAGAAGCCAUCCUUGAAUAAGGAGGCUCCGGCCGGGAACUGUAGCAAGGAAAGCAUUGCCCCCAGUCCCGGCCCACCAACCGACGAUUCCGGCAUUGGAAUGGACAACUCAAUGGAGGACAGUGUGCCCUCGUUGGUUGGCUCGUCGAGUGGCCUGGCCGGGAUCGGCCAAGCGGAGCAAGAGUCCCUGAGAGCUCUCCAGAAUGCUGUGGCCGAGAUGGAGGCGGAUCUAAACAUCUUCGACAGUGAUGGGGAUAGCACCAUCAAUACCAGUGAUAAUGCCGCGUCGUCUUUCACGGAACUCGAGAAGGAGGUGGGGACCGCUGUAAUAGAAAAGGUGCACCAACUGCUGCCAGAGUCAUUGACGCCGCUAAAAGAAUUGCUCGUGGCACCCGUUGGGCAAAUGGUUCAGGAAAAUCUAAAAGAACUCCAAGAGGAACCCCAGAACUCGCACAAUCAACAGGUGGCAGCUAUGAAGGUAAAAGUGUACGGACAGCUCCAAGAACUGGCCAUUGGAUCAUCGGAAGAGCAGAAACCAAAAAAGCUCCAAGCCGAUACGAAUCCAGUCUCCGAAACUGAGAAUCAACGCUAUGUGAGAGAGAAUUUUGAAAAAAUAUCAAGUAUCUUAAUUCCUACGUCUCCCAAGAAGACAAUGGAAGAACAGACCACAAAACAGGAAUCUCAUCAAAAUGAAGAUAUAGAGGAGCUACAGGAACCAGAAUCUACCGAAAACUCAGUUGCAGAACUGCAAGAAAAGAUAGCAGUCGAUGUGCAUCCAUCAAUAUCAGUGGCAGUCGAAGAAACAUCGGAAAAGCAGGAGCCGAAAGAGCUCAAAACCGAAACAAGUCCAGUCUCAGAAACUGAAGAACAACGAUAUGUGAGGGAGAAUAUUGAAAAAAUCGCAAGUGUCCUACGUCCGCCUACUUCUCCCAAGAAGACAAUGGAAGAACAGACCACAAAACAGCAAUCUUCUCAAAAUGAAGAUGGUCUACAGACCACGUCUAAGCCAUUGGAAGGCAAUAUAGAGGAGCUACAAGAGCCACAGGAACUAGAAUCUACCGAAGGGCCAGCUGAAGAACUGGAAGAAAAGAUAGCGGUCGAUGUACAUCCAGCAAUAUCAGUGCCAGUCGAAGAAACAUCGGAAAAGCAGGAGCCGAAAGAGCUCAAAACCGAAACAAGUCCAGUCUCAGAAACUGAAGAACAACGAUAUGUGAGGGAGAAUAUUGAAAAAAUCGCAAGUGUCCUACGUCCGCCUACUUCUCCCAAGAAGACAAUGAAAGAAAAGACCACGGAUCAGCAAUCUGAUCGAAAUGAAGAUGGUCUGCAGCCCACGUCCAAGCCAUUGGUGGACAAUAAAGAGGACAAAGUGCCAUCAUCGAUGUCAAUUCCAGUCAAAGAGAAGCUACAGGAACCACAGGAGCUUGAAUCCACCGAACAGCCAGUUGAAGAACUGAAAGAAGAGAUAGCAGAGCCAGUCAAAGAACUGGCCAUUGAAGCAGUGGAAGACCAGCUUAAAACUGAAACGAAUCCAGUAUCAGAAACUGACGAUGAACGAUUUUUAAGAGAAAAUUUUGAAAGAAUCGAAAGAAUCCUACGUUCUACUCCUCUUACGUUGACAAUGAAAGUACAGACCAUGGAACAACAAUCUCAUCAAAAUGCAGAUGGUCUACAGACCACGUCUAAGCCAUUGGAAGAUAUAGAAGACAAAGUGCUACCUUCGAUGUCGGUGCCCCUCAAAGAGAAGCUACAGGAGCCACAGGAGCUGGAAUCAACCGAAGAGCCAAUUGAAGAUAUAAACACAAAGGAGCUUCCGGAAGAGAUAGUAGUCGAUGUGCUAGAAGAGCCACAUGGCCAGGCUCUAGCAGUAUCUGUACAGUCAGUGGAACAGAAGCAACAUGAGGAGGUUCUACAAUACCUACCUACCUACAAUACAGUGGAAAAUAUUAUAGAGGCACCACAAAAAGAGCAGGACAAGUCAGUAGAGGACACAAUGCCACAGGAGCUGCCAGAAGAUAUACCGGUCGAGGUGGUGCCAUCGAUAUCCGGAACAAUAGAGGAGAUUCAAGAGGAGCCACAAGAGGAGCAGGAUCUAACCGUCACGUUGCAGGUAGCAGCAGAAGCAGAAGAGCUUGCACUCGCGUCGGAGACCGCGGAAGCCAAACAGGAACCUCUGGCGGAGGAGGGGCAGUCUGCUGUGAUUCCUACAAAUGUUCUUUCCACAGCAGAAGAGGAGAUGCAUGAAGCGCCACUUGAGGAUUCCCAGGCGACGUUGGUGGAAGGGACCAAAGAGCUGGAACAGAAUCAGCACCACGACCAACUGCAGUUCAAUGCGAAUGCAGUGGAAGGAUCUCCUCGGGCAGAGCUACAAGAGAAGAAAAUUGACGAAAUUCUACCUAGUACUUCCACGUCUAGAACAGGGCUGCUUGAAGAGUUCAUGCAGACGUUGGAUGAUGAGAAAAAUGGCGAGCAAAUCAAGAAGCUAGUGGAAGAGAUCAUCAAGCUGCAAAACGAGCAACCCGACGAGACACUACCCAACACUAUCCAUCAAGAAAAAGAGAUCCCAGACAUCCAGGAAGAACAGCAAGACAAGGAUGAGGAUCUACUAUCUACUACGUUCCACGAGAUGGAAACUGGGAGCCGUAGCCACAGCCCCUUGUUGGGGAUGGCUGGGCUUAGAGCUUUGGAAGGAUAUAUGGCGCACGGUAUACUGCGCCAUCUGAUGCCCAGCGAUGUGAACCCAGACGAAGUAGUUCCGGUUGAGCAGGAGGAUAAUACCCACCGCAGCGCCUUGGAGAUAGAGGAAGCACCGGCUGAACAGGUGGAAAAUGUCGGGGAUGAGGAGACGAACCAGCUAUUCAGCAAGACGUUGAAUCGCUUUCGCCAGCUCCUGAAUCAGCUGCGGGCUUACACGAUUCCGAUGGACUGUAUACCACUUGCGCUGGUCGGCACGGCAUUUUUGUUGAUGAUCUACUUCCGCAAGUUUUAGGCGCACAAUAAUUGAAAAUGAAAAAAAGACAAAAAUCCAAAAAGUGCAAAUACAAUAUUCCUAGAUCAAGCGUUACAAAAUCGCACAACGCAUUGUUGUUGAGUUGCUAAAUUAAAUU